CGGACUGCGCGGAGUUGGGCGUGCAACCACCGCCGCCGUCGCCGCCAUCUGCCACGCGCCGUGGGGAGGGAGAGGGCCCCCCCGUCGCUGGGGUGUGUGCGGAGGCGGCGUGCUUGACAAAGAGCAACGGUAGCGCCUGCAACUACGAUAGCUCGCAGCUGCAGGCGAUAGUAAGGGAAGAGAAGGAGGAGGAGGAACCCGCGGGGGAGGUGGCUGCGGCGACAGCGGCCAGGUGCAUGCCAAUCCAAGAUGGAGGAAUGGCGCAAUCUGUCGUCAGCAUUACCAGUGGUUACAAUUCGUCGGACGACGCCACGAGCCGGGCCGAGGGGCAGCAGGUCGAGCGAUCGGUGGAGUUGCAGCAGCUGUUUGCAAUGAGUGAGGCCGCGGAGGAUCGGGUGAAGCACGGCAGCCGUAAUGCCGUUAUUACUGCGAGUAGUAAUAGCAGUAGUCCUUGUAGUAGUGUUGAUGGCACCAUCUUGCGGCGAGGAGGGACGGCCACAGCGGCGAAGAACCUCGUGCUGGAUAGGAGGAGUGGAAUACCGAACACGAGACAGACAAAGGGAAGGACAACCACAGUAAGGAGACCACCACCGCCGCACACCAAGGCCACCAUGCCGCUGGAGAUAUUUGCACCGCCACGAGAGCGAUUCCACGAAGCGUCGCCUGCCACAGUACGCCCCCCCUCGGACCACGGCCGGUCCAACAAUAAUGGAAGUGAAAGGGCCGAAAGCAUAGACCAGACACAUGAAAAACAUACUGGUGAUUUCAAUUGGUCAUCACCGUCACGAAUGCUGCCGAGGAGUAACAGCAACAUCAACAAAAACAAGCACACUCCGUUGAGUGGUGGGGCUGCGGAGGGAACGCACAGUGAUGCCACGGUUGAUAUUCGAUCCUCCACGCCACAACAAUUGCAACAAAUACCACCGCAUCACCAGUAUUUUGGCGGUGCCACUAGUUCCUACGCUCCUCUCUGCCAAGGUGAGGCUCCACAAGACUCCAUGUCAAGUGGUGGGGUUGGUGGAGGUGUUAGCAACAAAAGUGGACGUCCCGUUUCCGGUAUGCCUCCCUUGACUUCGCAGCAACAGCAACAGCAA